AUGUUGAUGAUGAGCAACAUCAUAAAUGGGGUUUUGUUAAAGAUCAUCCACAAAUUAUAUGUAGCUCUUUUUACUUGUAUCUUUGCUUUAGGCGGAGCUGCAGUGGGCGCGAUUGCCGGAGCAAUCGAAGGGCAUACAACGGAAACCGGCCUCUCACGUGGUUUCGUUAUCGGAGCUUUGGUGGGGGCCGUCACCGGCGUCCAAUUGAUGGACCUUGUCCUUAAUGGAGACCCUUUACCUAAGAUGGCAUUAAUACGUAGUGUGAUCAAUGGAAAUGUAUUUAGGGAAUGGGUCUGCCCUCAACUCCUAAAAGCUUAUCACUGGCAGAAAAUAAAGAAUGGACAAGUGGGGAGGUGGCUUCCAAAGUGUAAGCAUAUAUUCCACCUUGAGUGCAUAGAUGGAUGGCUAAUGAGGCACCCCAGCUGCCCAAUAUGCAGGACCCAUGUUUCCUAA